AUGCAUUCGAAGAAACCAAAAUCACCCAUCGUUUCCGCCGCAGACGGCCCAAGUACGACACAGAAAUCUGCCAAGAUAGCUAAGCGAUGGGACGGACGGAAUGGGCUGGGCGUCUAUAUCGAGAGCCCGGAGACGAACCCGGAGAACAAGAUACUGGAGUAUGACGAUGACUUUGUCGUGAUAACCGACAAGUACCCCAAGGCGAGGUAUGUGCCCAUGGUAUUGGACAACUGA